AUGUCGGAUCAUGAAGAAGAAUCAAUACAGCUUGAAGAUCACUUCAUCCUUCGUCUUCCAUCGGAUGUCGAUGCCUUAGGCGGCAAGCUGAAGAUCGAUUUUGAACCAGAUAUGAGAAAUGCCACGGUGAAGCUCGGAAAAUGCGUAUUUAAAGCGAAGCAUAUAGACCAGGAAGCGAUCGACAGGGAACUGAAAAUGAUUUUACGUGCUGAUAUGGAUGCAGCAAAAAUGAGGUGGGAGGUGGUACCAGCUCACGGAGAAAACGAACAAGAGUCAAACAGUAAACAAGAGCAAAUGCCAGACAGCGAAUGUACGAGUGACUCGGAGCUUACCUUUGAUGAUUUCGAAACCUCAGGAGAAAAAGAGAUUUUUGGCGGUGCCGUGAGUUAUAUCAGUGGAAAUAAAAACAAAGAGGUUACCACAGACAGACUUGCUGCACAUCAGCAGAUGGAGUUAGCUGAGGAAAACGUCACUGGCGCUGACUUAGCGCGUAGUGCCAUCUGGACGAAAUUUCGACAUCUACAAGCAGAGUUAUUCAAAUGUGAAACCGAAGUAGAAACGUACCAGAGUCAAGUGGCUGCUUUGGAAAAUCCCAUUUUGAAGGCGCGACUACAGGUGGAAAUUGGAAAUCAAAUGAUCAAAGAACAGGAACUGAAACAGCAGGUAAAUUUGCCUUAG